AUUCCAGACUGUACGUGGUGGCGGUCAUUCCACACGAACUCGUGUUUGAGUCGUUAUCGCCGUUGCUGCCAACUGGACUUGGCUCUUGAUCGUACCGGAGCACAAGGCUUGGGACCGCCGUGACUAGUUACUCAACUUGAGGCUCAGCUCAAACUUCAAACUCUGCGCCAUUCACUCUGCAGCCAUGUAUAUGCUAACAUCCGCGCCGUAAUUGAAAGCACCCCGCUCAUUUGACCGAGCCAUGAACUGUCUGGUGCCUUUGUUCAUCAUUGCUCUCAUCACCGUCUGUACCUUGGAAGCAAGUGCAGCUACCCUCGAAGACUGGCGAUCCCGGACAAUCUAUCAAGUCAUCACAGAUCGUUUCUCUCGAAGCGAUGGAUCCACAACCGCACCUUGUGAUGUCGUGAACGGCAGAUAUUGCGGUGGAUCUUGGAAAGGCAUCACCAACAAGCUAGACUACAUCCAAGGGAUGAACUUCGAUGCCAUCUGGAUAUCACCUGUUGUGGAACAGCUUCCCCAGGAGACCAUCGACGGCGACGCUCACAUGGGCUAUUGGGCACAAGACCUCUACGCACUCAAUCUCAAUUUCGGCACUGCUGAUGACCUCCACGAGCUCAUUGCUGAGGUACAUCGACGUGGCAUGUACUUGAUGUUGGACAUUGUUGUCAACCACAUGGCAUAUGCUGGUCCGGCAUCGGCAGUCGAUUACAGGGUGUUCAAUCCUUUCAAUGAUGCGAAGUAUUUUCACUCAUACUGCCCAGUCAAUGGCAAUACAAACCAGACCGAAGUCGAGGUCUGCUGGAUGGGCAGCAGCGCAGUCUCCCUGGUCGAUCUGCGUACCGAAGACAGGGCUGUCAGAGACAUGUGGGGAAAAUGGAUCUCCGAGAUGGUCUCCAACUACUCAAUUGACGGCCUCCGCAUCGAUACGGCUGUCAAUGUCGAGCCCGAUUUCUUUGCCAGGUUCCUCAGAGCUGCAGGGGUCUUCGCUACAGGCGAGACGAUGUUUGGCGACAACAGCAUGGUAUGUCGCUGGGCUGACACCAUUGGCUCGAUUUUGAACUAUCCAAUAUACUAUACUCUCAUGAGAGCUUUCGGAAGCACAAGUGGUAACCUUAACGACCUCAUCACUACCAUAUACACGACCAGGGAGAACUGCGAAGAUACCACAGCAUUCGGCACCUUCUCCGAGAACCACGACGUCACGAGAUUUACGGAAUUAACGAACGACACGGCACAAGCGAAAAACGUCCUGGCAUUUACCAUCAUGUUCGACGGUAUCCCAAUCAUAUAUCAGGGUCAAGAACAGCAUAUGGCGGGGAAAAUCUCGCCGCAUACAAAUAGAUCACCACUCUGGACCACAGAAUUCGACACAGACGCAGCGCUCUACAAACAUAUCGCUACCUUGGUACUCGCCAGGCAACACUUUCUACUGGCCGAAGACGAUUACAUCAAGUCAGCGACAGAGGUCAUAUAUCAAGACUACCACACAAUGGCUCUACGCAAGGGCGUGAGCGACAAGCAGGUGAUCACCGUUCUCAACAAUGAUGGUGAAGCUACCGGUGACUUUGAGAUCGACCUUUUAGCGCACGGACUUGCAUUUGGAACUCAAGUCAUGGAGGUGCUUACUUGUACUAAUCUCACAGUCAGCCCAGUAGGUGUGCUGAAAGUCCCUAUGGGCAAAGGCUUGCCCAAAAUCCUGUAUCCGAGUGAAUACAUGAGCAACUCAGGACUUUGUGGAAUGGGCGACCCUCUGCCGAAGCCCACCACCACGGGCACCACUUCACAGCCAGCAGCACCAACAUCUACGAGUUCUGAACCAGAUAACUCUGGCACAAGAAGUGCCUGCACUGCUCAAUCGUCAAUGCCGGUCCUAGCAAUAGCACUAUCGAUUCUGCUGACAUCCUCCGGAGGUUUCGCCUACUUCUUGGAAACAUGA